GCUACUCCAUCUGCGUAUUGCUUUUAGUUCCUGACUUCCAGAGACCCGUCAUGUCGGAGACUGCUCCUGCUGCCCCCGCCGCCGCGCCCCCCGCGGAGAAGGCGCCUGCGAAGAAGAAGGCUGCCAAGAAGUCCGGUGGGGUGCGCCGCAAGGCGUCCGGACCCCCGGUGUCCGAGCUCAUCACCAAGGCUGUGGGCGCCUCUAAGGAGCGCAACGGCGUGUCCCUGGCCGCGCUCAAGAAGGCGCUGGCGGCCGUCGGCUACGAUGUGGAGAAGAACAACAGCCGCAUCAAGCUCGGGCUGAAGAGCCUGGUGAGCAAAGGUACCCUGGUGCAGACCAAGGGCACCGGCGCCUCCGGCUCCUUCAAACUCAACAAGAAGGCGGCUUCCGGCGAGGCCAAGCCCAAGGCUAAGAAGGCUGGCGCCGCCAAGGCGAAGAAGCCUGCGGGCGCAGCCAAGAAGCCCAAGAAGGCCACUGGUGCCGCCACACCCAAAAAGGCGGCCAAGAAGACCCCGAAGAAGGCGAAGAAGCCCGCGGGGGCUGCUGUGACCAAGAAAGUGGCCAAGACCCCAAAGAAAGCGAAGGUCACCAAGGCCAAGAAGGUCAAGAGCGCUUCUAAGGCCGUGAAGCCGAAGCCUGCCAAGCCCAAGGUUGCCAAGGCCAAGAAGGUUGCAGCCAAGAAGAAGUAGGCUGUCUUCCCUCAGAACAAUCCAAAAGGCUCUUUUCAGAGCCACCACUCCCACUUAUAAGAGCUGUAACAUUUGUGGUUGACGGGUAAGGUGGCUGGCGGGAUGGGUGGGGGUCGCCUGUCCCACCUAACACUUACUGUGUUAGUGCUGGGCGGCUCAGGAAGUGCUACACUAUGGAGCACCCUCCCACAGCUGUCACCAGCCCAAAGCAGCAUCUGGCGUUAGUCCGUAUUGGACUGCAAGGUGAUUUGAAAGUUCCGCCCUGCUUGUGGGUUGGCUCCCUCCCGUCCAGGACUCUACUACUCCGUUUGAUUGGGCGCCAUCCCCGAAGUUUGAGCUUCCUGCGCGGAGGAAUGCAUCCGGGACUUGGAGGUGGCUUCUGGGCUCAGCCUGCCCUGUGGGUGCUAGCCUUGUCAUUUGGAAGGAAAAAGGGUGCUGGCGCCAACGAAAGACAUUUAAGGGGUAGCUGCCGGGGCAACUAGCCCGCUCAUUUAAGUUGGACCGAUUGUUUCUGGUACUUUCAGUUUGUUUGCUACAGCAAUGGAGUUGUGGAUUGAACUGCGUCACAACCUUGGUCAGCCAUUUUUUUUUUUUAAGUUCAAUACCAUUACCGAUUAUUUUACUUGCUUUGCCUUAUUUUGAUACAGAAUAGUUGUAGAUUAACGUUGCCCCAGCUUCCCGAAGCGCUUACUUUAUACGUGUGUAUCGCCACUAAAGAUUGAUCUUACAUAAAUACUGAGGUUUCUUGGUAAUGCUUUGUACAGUCCAAAACGUUAGUAAAUUGGCUACCUGAAGGUAUAUGCUUCUAAUAAAAAGUAUCGAGUUUCCAUUCA